AUGAGGCAGCCUAAAAUAAGUGAGAAGGCACACGACCCCAAUGAACGCUGGCUCGCACUGCUGGAAGAGCAUUUGCCACCGCCGUUGCGCAGAGACUACAAUGGGGAGGAGACGGAGGAGAGUCCGGAUCAUUCCUCCGCCGAUUCGUCGUCUAUGGCCCAGGAAUCCUUUGCAGAAGCUGUCGACAUGACAAACACGCUAUAUCGAGCCCGAAAACAUCGACAUUUGGACCUGCUGACUUAUCUUGGCUUCCGGUUGAACAAUUGGGCUGCUGUGGAUUUCAUUUUAGGUCGUCUUCUUGACGCCUCCGAAGCCGCCAGUGACUUCUCGCGGCGCUCGCGGCCAUCAACCGGUGUGCAUUGGGCGCUGGAUCCAAACUCAACGCUUGAUGAGCUUUCUAGUCGAGCUGUGGAUUCUGCGCCUCCUGCUGCGCCGGCCACAAACCGCGGCGCGUCAAAUGACCCGAAAUUGAUUCCGCUGAGGCACAGUACCGCCAGGCCCUUUGCUGCCGAAUUGAAUGAGCGAUUUCUGGCGCAGAUAUGGCAAUCGCUGGGUGCCCUUGUACUAGACGCCGCGGAUGCAUCCCCCAAUGAGGCCAAGUUGGCUAUGUCGGUUGUUCUUUGCACUCUUGCCCGUCUGCAUACGUCUGGCGCUAUAUCCGACCGGGUUUACGAUUGGACUCCACCCCUGCGAUUCCAGAGUUCAUUUCGGCCUCCAGGGAUGUCUUUGCUCAAGUCCUCGAUUAUGCAAGCUCUGACUGAUGCUGCGUGGAUGGAGUACGAGGCAGACAUGGCUGACAAGGCUGCUGCAGCAGGCCAAGAAUCACCCUUCAUUUCAGUUAACCCGGUCAUCCGUGAACUAGGACCAUCAAUUUGGAUGGAGUUGAUUCUCUGGUGCUGUGUCGAGCAAGGCUUCAUCGAAGAGGGGGUGUGGCUAAUAGAGCGAAUGAAGAGACAGUCGAGCGACAACCGCUGGACGGCCAAGAACUGGAACAAGAUACAUAUGCUUGACAAGUCCGCACGAGUCUGGAAGACUAAUAUCGAGAUGGAAAGCACAUGGCGUCGGCCACAUGACCCUGGAGUGCUCGACACGCGGAUUAUGGAAAAUUACACCAAGAACAGGGUUGACCUGACUCCCUUUGUCGGGAUGGGUGAGCGAACGAUUAGCGAGGAAGUCGUUUGUGCAUUGUUCCACAGUCUCCCAAACCUGGCAUAUCUAGGGACCGGUUUCCGAGGCAUGUCACCCAGUCGCAUGGUGUCCUGUGUUUUCACAUUAAAGUUCAUUUUCGCUUCGCAGAGGAUGACACGUUUGCUUGCGACAACCAGGACUUUUAAUACUUUCCUCAUGCGGGUGCUAUCAUCUGGAGGGAUCAACGCCCAAAAGGACCCUUUUUGUCUUAUUGACCUCCUCAAGGCCGCAUCGACUGUAGUGCCGCCUUGGGUACCGCCCUAUACGCAAGACACGGAUAAAAAACAACUCAAGCGCUAUCGUCAGUGGGAUUCUUACAAUCAAACUCUGGCGCCAGUUGGCCUGCUCGAAUACACCCUUAGGUAUUCUUCGUCCUUGCGACGGUCCGGGGAGGCCUUGAGGACAUUUGCCUGGCUGCAGGAAAUAGAAGACGAAAGCAGUCAGCAGCGGACAGGCAAAUCCUCUGACUCGGAAGCUAUAGGCGCUGGGGACUCGCUUGAUUCUUCUUUGUCACCCAUGCCGCAUCUGUCGAGUGUGACGCUGGCCGAACUGCUCGACUUGCUCACCGCAUCACGGGCUUACGAGUCGGCUGAGUGGCUAUUCUCUGCUACAGACGUCGAAAGGCCUGCCAUCUCAAAGGACGUGUACGGUAACCAGAACAUAGCGCCAUCUAUCCUUCGCUUCGCCGCCGCCACAAAGAACGAAGUCCUUGCUGAAUCCGUUAUUGGAUCUCUUCAGCAGCCUCUUUCAACUAACACCUUGCGUGCCCUUCUUAACUACCGCAUCGUGCAAGGCCACUGGGAUUCAGUGGUAUUAUUGCUCGAGUACCUUCGCGACCACCGCCUUAAGUCCUGGGGCCACAGCAACGUUGCCACCCUAGCAGCAGAGAUCAUCCGUCUGGAACACGCGCUCCAAGAGUUAGGAGAAGAUUGGGAACGCCUCGGUACAGACUGUGAACGGAGGCACGCCAACCUCGUCAGUUCUCUGGGCACGGCGAAGGCAAUCCUCGGCCGCUUAUUUGCUGGAGAGUUCAGCGAACGCCGGAGCUCGGUCCUAUCGAACAGCGCUGUCCCCGUCCAGAGCCGGGACUUCCAACCACGUGUGCUCGCGAGUUUUCACCGCGUCUUCCUCAAUUUCGUAGACUCCCCUGCCCUUCGUAAUAUCGCCGCCUCCAGCACACAUCACCUAAAAUUCAAGGUCGCUUCGCGCACUUUGAUCCCCUACAUUCCCUCGACUGCGUUCCACCAGAUCCUCGAAGCCGUCGUUGACACGCAAGGCAGCGCCGCGGGCAUGAACCUUUACUUCAAGACCUGCUUGGACAUCCCCUCACCGGAAACGGUCAGGACGCGUGAGGGCGGCAUCCCGCGCAUGUACCUACACUCCGAACGCAUUCUCGAACGAGCCGACCCCCACUUCGACCCAGUAUACUUCUGGGGCAAGCAGGAAAAGUGUGUGAUCCCGAACUUGAAUACCAUUCGGGUCAUCCUACGGGCAGCGAUGAAAGAAUACAACGCCAAGAACAGAAAGCUGCUGAGCCGGGACAACCCGGUCUGGCCCGUUCUGAACUUCUGCAUCAAGCGGUACUUCCGCUUCGGCCUCAACUACAAGGAGGUUAACCGCGAAACCGGCGGGUAUCUGACCCUGCAACGGCGGGAUUAUUGGGGCGACACGGAGGCGGCGGUCGAGCUCUCCGUGCGCACCCUUCCGGACAAAACCGUCCUGGUCGGGCCCGAGUCGAUGGUCCGCAGGUCGCAUCCGAUCCGGAAAAAGUUCGUCAACUGA